CCGGCGCGGGUUAGAUUUCAGUUCUGCUGCCUUCCCUUCUCCGGGUUUUGAGCUUCUGUCUUCAGGGGUGAAUUUCCUGCCAUGGGGGGAUUGGUGAGGGCCCGCCUUGCUGGCAGAAUGGCCCCCCUCCCCCCAGCACUAGCAUUUUGUACUGAAGCUUGCACAAGAGUUGCCUGCUAAGGGGAGGGGUCUCUGCAUUUCCAGCUCUCGGGAGAGAGCAGAGGGGGUUCAGUGAUAUUGAGUCUUCCUUCUGCUCUUUCUAGAAAGCCUUGUCUUACUCUUAGGGUGAAAUCUUCAUCUGUGAGAUCCUGCCUCAAUGGCCUCACGGCCUUUGAGCCUUACCCGAGGGCAGCUUGCCUGGCCCUCCCUGCCCAUCCUCAUCCCACUGGUUAGGGUGUGUGUGUGCUCUGGGUGCCCCCUCCACAGGGCUGGGCCAGCCCAGGUGGCCCACUUAAAGGAGCCUGAUGCAUGUCGGGGUGAAUUUGUUCAAUUAUUUAAGCAACUAAGCGUCACGAGGACCCCAAAUUAUCAUUUUGGGGAAGAUGAAAAAGAAGGAUUUGGUUAAGAAAAAGACUCAGGGUCUAGCAAUUUUAAAUUGGGGUUCAAAGAGCCACACCUGUGCAGAAACUAUCCCAAAUUAGGCAGAGGCAGAUCUUUCUCCCUUAGUCUUGCUGGUAUGUCAGUUUGCAUUCCCAAAGGCAACUCCUCGUCCUACUUUAUUAUGUGCAUACAAACAUAUGCAAAGAUAGGUUCUAAUUGCCACCCUCCUUUUACACCAAAGCAGCAUAUUAUGUACUUGGUUCUGGACCUUGGAUCCACCCCUCCCCUCAUUCACACCUUGGAAUUUUCCUGGUCCUCGAAGAUGUGUCCUUGUUAUUAUUAUUUUUUAAAAUAUUUUAUUUAUUUAUUUUGACAGAGAAAGAGACACAGUGAGAGAGGGAACACAAGCAGGGGGAGUGGGAGAAGGAGAAGCAGGCUUCCCGCCGAGCAGGGACCCCGAUGCGGGGCUCGUCCCCAGGACCCUGGGAUCAUGACCUGAGCCGAAGGCAGACGCUUAACGACUGAGCCACCCAGGCGCCCCGUGUUCUUGUUAUUUUUAACAGCUGCGUCGUAUUCCACCGUCACCUCCUAUAACGUUUCCCCAGUCCCUUCCUGCGGCCACGGGAUUUGUCCAAUCAUCUGCUGUCACAGACGGCGCUCGGGCUGGAACAUCAUGUUGCCUGGACUUAAGUGUUAGGUCGGAGGGCACACGCCUUUGUACCUACAGUGGGUGUUUGUCUUUCUCUUCAUGGGGAGGUAGGAAAGGAGACUCUUCAGAGCUGGAUCUGGGAAAGGGGGGGGGAUUUGAACUUUUUCCCUGUGCUUUCUAGUUAUUUGCUCACCUGAGCUUCGGUUGUUAAAAUCUGUAAAAUGGGGCUCACAGUCGGGAGGGUGCAGUGGGAUCAGCUAAGUCAAGUGUUGGGUUCAAGGCCAGACACCGAGCGAGAGCUCAAGGUGCCCAGAGUAGUAGAAUCUGACGAUACAGCUGCCCCGCAUCGUUUCUGGGGUGACAGCCGGGGCGUGUGGGGAGGGUGGGGGUCUCAGAGCCGAGGAUUGGAGCUUGGUCAUCAAGUCAUGGGUUCCCCGCAGGAAGAUCACCGCCCCAGCCCCACCCUCGUUUUGACCCUGACCUUCUGUGCUCUGUUGGGGAACGCUGGGUCUCCCCAGGCCCGUUCUGGGGCUACCUGUUGGGAGGCCUGGAGGAAGAAGGCACGUGGUCUGCCUUACAUCCUCAAAGCUCUGGUCCCCGGCACAGUCCACAGAUGGAGGGGCUGACCGCUAGCCUUACCUAAUUCUGUGUCUUCUACACACGUGAUUGCAUCCAGUUCUCAGAAUUGCCCCAUAGGAGAGACGAAUAUCCCUACCAGCCACUGUCUCUUGUCAUGGCGGGACCUUGCUCCAUCCAAACGGAACCUCGUGUUCGCAUGACGCCUCUGGGUUCUUCCACGCUGCGCCCCCAAGGCAGGGAAAGAGCCUGUGACGUGUGUGGGGUUUCCCAUUGCCCCUUGUUCACACUGGGGAUGAGUCCUCAGUGGAGAGGUAUACUGCUGGACUAGAGGGGGACUUUGAUUUUGUAGGACUGGAAAUUCCCUCUGAAUGUCUGGGAGGAAAAACAUAACACCUGCUACUAACAUCUCAAAACGUCUGUGCGACACUUUCACCCUUAACACCCUCACUGCCAACAUUUAGGAUAAACAUUGGUCAGCAACCAAUCUUUUGAAUCCUCUCGCCAACAGAGGUGUUCUCAGACCCGUGCAAAUAGAUCCUAAACAGUGCACAUCUGUGUAUCUGCAUCUGUUUUCUCCUGCUGCAGGGGCUUAGGAUGAAUUGGUUGACCAGGCGCAGUUUGAUGGGCUCCGUUCUCCAGCCCUAGAACCGGGUGGCUCAGGGUCGUCACUGAUGUGAGAACAUGAGUAGAGAGAAGGAAGAGGCUUUGUUUAGUAUACUCCGUAUUUAUGAUGAACCAGAGGAGAGGAGGAACGUGCCAGAAAGCUCUGGCAUUUCCUCCCAGCAUGAGCAUCAAGCAUAGUCCCAACCGGAGGGGGUGUAUGGGAUGUCCCAGCAGCCCCCGGGUUCCCCGACAUAGCAUGGCCUAGUUUAUCAGGAGAUGAGCGCUGGGACCCUGCAGCAGUGGGUCCUCCAGACUCUAGGCAGAUCUGAGCUCCAGGCCAGUUGUUUCCCCCAGGAGGAGCCACAAGCGACAGCAGAGCUGGGCCCCAGCUUCCUGCCAGGACCCGAGUUUGGCCGGCCUUGCCCUUUGCCUGCGCCUAGGGAAGAGGUCUGGUCGUUCCUCGGGGCAAUGCCGCUGGUUCCGGAUGAAGCCGUGGUCAGGCAGAGGGUCCCCUGGAGGUGCUGGAAGGUUGGCAGGCUCCGCCAUGGAAAGAAAGUCCAUGCUGUUGCCAUCAGCGGCUCGACUCACCACGUGUACACAUGUGGCCAUGGCUACAUUAAGGUCUGGGAUGAGAGCGCUCUGCAUGCCUGCAACAAGGCCCCGCAGGCCCAGCUGGACUUGCAGGACCAUCAGAACUGCGUCCUCGCCUGCAAGCUGUUCCCCGACGGGCAGCGCCUCAUCACUGGGGCUCUGUCCCGGAACCUGACGCUGUGGGAUCUGGCACCCACACCCCGUGUCGGGGCACAGCUGGCCUCCACGGGCCCCAUGUGCUAUUCCCUGGCGCUCUCCUCCAAUGCCCAGAUCUGCUUGGCUUGUUUCAAAGGAUUUGUCGAGAUUUGGGAUUUGCAGAACCAAAUCUUGAUCAGGAAGCAUGAGGUCCCCGAAUAUGGGUCCCGCUGUGUGGACAUCGCAGGCAGUAAGUUCUGGACAGGAGGAGAAGACACCAGACUAUAUUCCUGGGACCUGAGGUGCUACCAGAGGCUGCAGCAGCACGAAUUACGGCCAGAGAUCCUCAGCAUUACCCACGACCCCAGUGAGGAGUGGGUGCUAGUAGGCCUGAGGACAAGCAAUAUCAUCAUUCUCCACACGCACCGCAGGGAGAAGUUUAAGGCAGUCCUUCAUAAAUAUGUCAACCACCACAACCUCCAGUUUGCCUCCUGUGGGAGCUAUUUUGUGACCGCACUGGACGAGGUGAUCCACUGCAUAGCUGCACCUUCUCUGCAAAGGUUGUUUCAGGUAGAGGAGCCUACGGAUGUCCUGUGUUGUGAUGUGUCUUCUGACAACCAGUAUCUGGUCACGGGCUCCGAGAACAGUGCCACGGUUUACCAGCUCUUGUACUGAAGUUUGCGUGCCGUGUUCCUGCUGGUGAAGACCCAGAGGAGGCCGGCAGGCUGAGGGGAGGGCAGCCUCCGCGGCCCCGAUAGCAUUGCCUGACCUUUGGUGGCCGGGCCUCUGUCCAUUCCCUCCCCCCAGGACAUGCCUCGCCUGUGUGCGCAGGUUUUUAUGAUACGGUGUAGGGGUUUUUCCUCUGUUAGUAUUCUUACCACUGAU